AUGUCUUCUCAUGCCGAAAGGCAUGGCCACCUCGACGCGACCGCGGGGCGUGAGGUAGUGUAUUGCCAUGCCUGCACCAACGAAUGGUAUCGAGAUGAGGAUGGCUUGACAUGCCCCGAAUGCCGUGGGGAGAUCACGGAGAUUAUCGACCCUGAGAACGAUCCCCGCGACCUUGGCCACCAUUCCUCCGGUUCUACUUCACCAGAGCUUCACCCUUACGAUUCGGACCCUGAUGAAGCCGAUAUAGAUGAACACACCAAUCAAGGCUUUGUAUUUCGACAAAGCAUUCGGGAGGGACCCGGUCACCAUCACCACCAUGAUCCUGCCUAUGUUCCCACUUUCGAGAGCUUUGUGAAUAUGCUUAACGAAUUCGGAGCGCGGGUACCUGAUGGCAGAUCGUUCUCCCAUGGACCUGGCGAGCAUGGUGAACAUCAAGGUCACGGAGAACACGAACAUCAGGGGCAUGAAGAACGAGCAGGAGAAGGAGAACAUGCUCAACCGAACUUUGCACGUGUACAACGGGCGACUUUCACUGGACCCUUUGGCUCCGGAAGAACUACCAUAACAAUGAUCUCUACACCUAUGCAAACAACCCACACUGGGCCCCCUGGUGCCUCUGGUGCCGCAGGACUCCAAACAUUCCAAGAGUAUGCACAACCCCUUCUGCGACGCCCCGACGGACCAAGGGGUCUACGGGUUACAGCCAUUUCAUUAACCACGGGAGCUAACCAACGUCCCAGCAUAUUUUCAGACAUACUACGCGAUGUCGGGGCACCACCAGGUCAUGAGAACGCUGGUGAAGAUGGCACGGGUGGUGUCCAUCCACCUGGCUUCGGUCGAGGACUACAAGAUUUGUUGAACCUCCUCACCCCAGGAAAUGCUGUGCAUGGUGAUGCAGUGUACUCUCAAGAAGCUCUAGACCGGAUCAUCACUCGGCUCAUGGAGGCCAAUCCCCAGUCAAAUGCGGCGCCUCCAGCUUCAGACGAAGCCCUUCGGAAUUUAGAGCGUAAACCUGUCAACAAGGAGAUGCUGGGCUCUGAAGGUAAGGCAGAAUGUACCAUCUGUAUCGAUGAGAUGAAAGAGGGAGAUAUGGCCACAUUCUUGCCCUGUAGUCAUUGGUUCCAUGAGGAGUGCGUCACACUUUGGCUGAAGGAGCACAAUACGUGCCCUAUUUGCCGAACACCAAUCGAGAAGAAUGACCGGGGUGCUAGCAAUAACAGCGGUAACAACAACAGCAGCGGUAGCAACCAGUCUCAAGGACCAGCUUCAGGACCUAGCUCCGACCGACCGAACCCUUUUGCAGCCCAUAUGCCUAAUGCGUUCAACUCUGGUUGGGAGACAUACAACUGGACUUCUCAGCCUCACAACCACUCGCGCCCGGCACAACACUCACGACCCCCUAGUCAGAGCCAAAGCCGCAUCAAUGAGGUCCUGCGAAAUAUCUCACAACGAGAAGAGAGAGACCGUGAAUAUGACCGCGAGCGAGAUCGCGCCACAACAUCUGGGUACAGUUACGACACCUCUCGACUGCAACGUCGCAGCUCCCAUUCCCCCACCAGUCCUCGUGCGCGAGCUCCUAGUGAGCAUGGCGCGCGUAUGAGACAAAGAAGCCCUUCCCAGAGCAGUCGACGAUCGACGGCAGAUUCGGACCAACAAUCUCGAACUGGCGGUCACGGUCCCAUUAGCUGGCUCCGUGGCCAAUUCAGUAGAGGACCAGGUACCGGAUCACCACGAGACGGAAGUCGGCAAUAG